ACCAGCCUCCCGUCUCAGAGGAGCAGUGCCUGAGCUCCCUAGGACCUGCAGCUCAGGAGCCGAGGUUUUCCAGCGGAGACCCCCUGAGUCCUCCUAUUCAGAAUUCGUCCUGGGAUCCUUGGUGGGGCUUGGGGUCCUGUGCCCCUUGGCUGAAAUUCCCGCAGGGUUCAGGAAGGGGCACGACCAUGGAUCGGCUUUGGGGUCUACUCCAGAGAGCGCAACAGCUGUCCCCACGACCCUCUCAGAAUAUCUAUAAGCGUGUGGAAGGCCCCCAGCAGGGGCGCCUGGAGGAGGAAGAGGAAGACGGGGAGGAGGGGGCCGAGCCGCUGGCCCACUUCUGCCCCAUGGAGCUGAGGGGCCCUGAGCCCCUAGGCUCUAGACCUGGGCGGCAAAACCUCAUACCCUGGGCAGCAGCAGGACGAAGGGCUGCUCCCUACCUGGUCCUGACGGCCCUACUGAUCUUCACUGGGGCCUUCCUUCUGGGAUACGUGGCCUUCCGAGGGUCCUGCCAGGCAUGUGGGGACUCCUUAUUGGUGGUCAGCGAGGAUGUCAACUAUGAGCCGGCCCCAGGCUCCCAACAGGGCACGUUGUACUGGAGCGACCUCCAGGCCAUGUUCCUGCGGCUCCUGGGGGAGGGGCGCCUGGAGGACGCCAUCAGGCAAACCAGCCUCCGGGAGCGGGUGGCCGGCUCGGCCGGGAUGGCCGCCCUGACUCAGGACAUCCGUGCGGCGCUCUCCCGCCAGAAAUUGGACCACGUGUGGGCGGACACGCACUACGUGGGGCUGCAGUUCCCCGACCCGGCUCACCCCAACACCCUGCACUGGGUCGAUGCGGCCGGGAAGGCUGGGGAGCAGCUGCCGCUGGAGGACCCCGACGCCUACUGUCCCUACAGCGCCACGGGCAACGCCACGGGAGAGCUGGUGUACGCCCACUACGGGCGGCCGGAGGACCUGCAGGACCUGCGGGCCAGGGGCGUGGAGCCGGCGGGCUGCCUCCUGCUGGUGCGCGUGGGGGUGACCAGCUUUGCCCAGAAGGUGGCCAGUGCCCAGGAAUUUGGAGCCCGAGGAGUGCUCAUAUACCCCGACCCAGAAGACUUUUCUCAAGGCCCACACAAGCCAGGCCUGUCCAGCCACCAGGCUGUGUAUGGACAUGUGCACCUGGGAACUGGGGACCCCUACACGCCUGGCUUUCCUUCCUUCAAUCAAACCCAGUUCCCUCCAGUUGAAUCCUCUGGCCUCCCCAGCAUCCCAGCCCAGCCCAUCAGUGCAGACAUUGCCUCCCGCCUGCUGAGGAAGCUCAAAGGCCCUGUAGCCCCCCAGGAAUGGCAGGGGCGCCUCCCAGGCUCCCCUUAUCGCCUGGGCCCAGGGCCAGGCCUGCAGCUAGGGGUCAACAACCACAGGGCCUCUACCCCCAUCAGCAACAUCUUUGGCUGCAUCGAGGGCUUCUCAGAGCCAGAUCACUAUGUUGUCAUCGGGGCCCAGAGGGAUGCGUGGGGCCCAGGGGCAGCCAAGUCUGCUGUGGGGACUGCCAUACUGCUGGAGCUGGUGCGGACCUUUUCCUCCAUGGUGAGCAACGGCUUUCGGCCCCGCAGGAGUCUUCUCUUCAUCAGCUGGGAUGGAGGCGACUUUGGGAGCGUGGGCUCCACGGAGUGGCUGGAGGGCUACCUCAGCGUGCUGCACCUCAAGGCCGUGGCAUAUGUGAGCCUGGACAAUGCAGUGCUAGGGGAUGACAAGUUCCAGGCCAAGACCAGCCCCCUUCUGAUCAGCCUCAUUGAGAACAUCCUGAAGCAGGUGGAUUCCCCUAACCACAGUGAGCAGACGAUCUAUGAGCAGGUGGUAUUCACCAAUCCCAGCUGGGAUGCUGAGGUGAUCCGGCCCCUGCCCAUGGACAGCAGUGCCUACUCCUUCACGGCCUUUGUGGGGGUCCCUGCCGUUGAAUUCUCCUUCAUGGAGGAUGACCAGGCGUACCCGUUCCUGCACACAAAGGAGGACACUUACGAGAACCUGCACAAGAUGCUGCGAGGCCGCCUGCCCGCCGUGGCCCAGGCUGUGGCCCAGCUCGCUGGGCAACUCCUCAUCCGGCUCAGCCAUGAUCACUUGCUGCCCCUCGACUUCGGCCGCUACGGAGACGUGGUCCUCAGGCACAUCGGCAGCCUCAACGAGUACUCUGGGGACCUCAAGGCCCGCGGGCUGACUCUGCAGUGGGUGUACUCGGCGCGAGGGGACUUCUUCCGGGCGGCGGAGAAGCUGCGGCAAGAGAUCUACAGCUCGGAGCCAGGCGACGAGCGGCUAAUGCGCAUGUACAACGUGCGCAUCAUGCGGGUGGAAUUCUACUUCCUGUCCCAGUAUGUGUCGCCAGCAGACUCCCCGUUCCGCCAUAUCUUCCUGGGUCGUGGAGACCACACGCUGGGCGCCCUGCUCGACCACCUGCGGCUGCUGCGCAUCAAUGGCACUGGGGCUCCUGGGGCCACCUCUUCCGGGGUGGCGCCCAGCCUGGGCUUCCAGGAGAGCCGCUUCCGGCGCCAGCUAGCCCUGCUCACCUGGACGCUGCAAGGGGCCGCCAACGCGCUUAGCGGGGACGUCUGGAACAUCGAUAACAACUUCUGAGGCCUGCCCGCCCUCCCCUGUUCCCCCUGCCGGGAGCUCCUCCGCUCCCCGCUUGAGCGACUCAGGGUGAGGGAGGUGGCCCAGUGGCCUGUCAUUACUAACCGAUUUCUCAUUAGCCCUUUCCGUCUGGAGCAGACACCCACACAUCCCUGGCCCUGCAAUGUAGGUGAGUGGUCCUUCCAUCAGUGAGGGUCAGUCUGUGGGUUAACCAGGGAGCAGCAUCCCUUCAGUGAAUCACAGCCCCUCCCCCUUUCAGGAGCAGGGUCCUUCGUAGCUACAGACCACUCUGAAAGGUUUGCUAGGCCCUGGGACCUUGCCAGCUCUCCUAGCCUUAUGGCCAACAGGUGGUCUGUGGUGGCAAGGGUGUGGGGUUUGGAUGUCAAUAAAUCACCUGGUGACAUUG